CUGAGCAGAGAUGAGAGUCCAGGCCGUUCAGUUUUUCAAUUAUUUUCUAACAAGCAGGAUUCAAUGUUGGUGUGACAGCGCUAAUUACUUCUUCUACAGAAGCAAAUGAUUGGUCCGUACUACAGGUCCCGUAAUUAUUUCUGUACCGAACACUCAUUACUAAACAGUCAGCGUCUGGUGGUGGUCUUGUACGUGUGGAGUUGGACGUGCCGGGAGAGGAUCAGGGUUUCUCUUGAGCUCUGCCACGGUGCAUCUUGAUACUAAUUCAAAGUAUUAUUCGCGUCGGUCUGCUUGGCAGUUUGUUCCGCUGCUCGAUUUGUUGAAGAAAGGCGGUGUUACAUCGCAGAUCUACGCGUUCAGAUCGCCCAGUGCAUGUAGCAGAGCUGGCUUAUUGCUAGUGGCGGGCUGCGCGUGGCAGCUGACGAAGACGUGUAUUGUUGUUGGGCAAACCGGCACCACUUGAGAGCGUCAGCAACAUGCCUCCAAAAAAGCCAAAAGGAAAAGGCAAGGGAAAGGCCAAGAAGAAGAAGCAGAAGGAGCCGGCCAUGAUCGAUGGCGUACCAGCAUCUGAGAUGACCAAAGAGCAGCUCGAGGACCACAUCAUGCGGAUGCGAGAUGAGCUGGAUCGGGAGCGCGAGGAGAGGAAUUUCUUCCUGCUGGAGCGAGACAAGAUCAACGAGUUCUGGGAAAUCAGCAAGGACGAGCUGGCGCAGACCAAGGCGGAGGUUCGCCUGCGAGACCGGCAGCUUGAAGAAGCCGAGGAGCGGCAUCAAGUUGAAAUUAAGGUGUACAAACAAAAGGUGAAGCACUUGCUCUAUGAACAUCAGAACAGUAUAACAGAGUUGAAAGCAGAAGGUUCUGUGUCCGUGAAGCUGGAGCAGGACGAAGACAGAAGGCUGCAGGCCACACUUCGCCGUGAUAAGCGCCAGCUGAAGGUUGACCAGAAGGAGAGUGAACUGGCUCACAUAGAGCUUGUCAAGACUCUAAAGAAGGAGCACGAAGAAGACCUGAAGCGUGUUCAGGAUGAAUUCUCACUGCAAGCCGAAGAGUUGCGUGAUCGUUACGAGACCAAGAUGAAGAACUUGCGCGAGGAGCUUGAUGUGAUGCGCAAGUCGCAGCUGCAUGAGAUUGAGCAGAGAAAGAACGAGCAAAUCAACCAGUUGAUGAGAAACCAUGAGAAGGCAUUUGCGGAGAUCAAGGGCUACUACAAUGAUAUCACACUGAAUAACUUGGCCCUGAUCAACCAAUUGAAGGAGCAACUGGAAGCUUUGAAAGGAAAGAACGAAGGUUUGGAGAAGCAAAAUGCUGAUCUGCAAGCCCAAAACCAGAAGAUUCGAGAACCUAUGGAUGCGCUCAAGGAGGAGAAUGCCGAGUUCCGGCGGCAGCUGACUAACUACAAGAAGGACAAGCUAGCCCUGUCCAACUGCAAGGCUCGGAUCAAGACCGACACGGAGAAGAUGGGCGAUCUGCAGUGGGAGCAUGAGGUUCUCACGCAGCGGUUCAAGCAGACGGAAACCGAACGGGACGACUUGUACGCGCGGUUUGUGUCCGCCAUUAAGGAUGUACAGACAAAGACAGGCUUGAAGAACCUGCUGUUGGAGAAGAAGCUCGAAGUACUAUCGGACACCUUGGAGAAGAAGGAAGUCCAGCUCAACGAAGUACUGUCUGCAUCCAACUUGGACGGCGAGGCACUAGCGAUGGUAACACGCAAGCUUGAGGAGGUCUUGGAUGUGAAGAACGAUGCCAUCAAAGAUCUCCAGUAUGAGCUGGCAAGGGUGUGCAAGGCCCAUAACGACUUGCUGCGUGCCUAUCAGUCCAAGCUGGUGUCGUUCGGCAUACCGCCAGAAGACCUGGGUUUCCAGCCGCUGCAGACCGAAGUCUCCGGGCAGUCGCUUGGCCAGGGCCCGGCAGGUUUGGUCUCCACAUUCAAGUAGCGAGUGCAGCAGCGAUGGCCGGUAAUCGUCUCCGCUCUAAGCUUCAGCUGGUAGCAGUUCUUGAGUCCUCUGCCUUUGUAGUGCUUCUAGCAGAUAUGCUGCUGUGUUUUUUUUCCUUUUAAAAUACCUGGCACUGGUACCCGACACACAAGUGACAACUACCGUGACUAUGCUAUUGCAGUACUGCAACCAAUCCGGCUACCCCAUUCUUGCUGAAGUUUUCAUCUUACGAAGUGUCCCAAGCGGCGGGUCUAUUGUUCUGUGGAGUUGCGGCGGCGGCAUCUUCGUCGUCGUCGUCGUCUCUCUCUCUCUCACUCUCACACACGCUCUCUCUCUCUCUCUCUCUCUCUCUCUCUCUCUCUCUCUCUCUCUCUCUCUCUCUCUCUCUCUCACUCACUCACUCGCGCUCUACUGUACGUACAAUACGUACAUGUACUCGCGAUACCGACAUGAUAUGAUCCUGUCAACGGGGGUUUGUGACCAGAGGCAGAGGCUGGUGUCGCAUUGGUGGUAGUAUUGUGCCCGACCGCCAUGCUGAACAGUGACCGUCUUGAGGCUACAUUUUUGUAUAAAAAAAUAUCAAUGAUUUAUGCCCCAUCAAUAUUAGUCGAUGCCCGGGGCUCCAUAUCACUGAUAAGCAUUAUGCGCAUCUGAAAUUAUGUAACGGAAGAAUAUUGUUCAUUUUGUCCAAGAGUUCAGUGAUGUAAUCCUACAACUAUGUUUAUGUCCAGAAUACUAUUGAUUCGUUGAAUGAUAAUCACUACUGUUGACGGUCGUGAAGUUAUUUUGCCGCCAAAUUCUCAAACUGUUCUGUAGUUUUGAAUGUCACACAGUGGUGCGAA